UUUUAAUCUUACUCCUCCUCGACAAAUAUCAUGUUACCUUUAUCAUUAUUACAUACUGCGGCAGGUCAUCCUAUGCUUGUAGAAUUAAAGAAUGGAGAAACCUUCAAUGGACAUUUAGUGAAUUGUGAUAAUUGGAUGAAUUUGACUUUACGUGAAGUGAUCCAGACAUCACCUGAUGGCGAUCGGUUUUGGCGAUUACCAGAAUGUUAUAUCCGAGGCAAUACAAUCAAAUAUCUUAACGUACCAGAAGAAAUUGUGGAUAUGGUCAAGGAAGAAGAAACACGACAACGACAAAUGGGUGGACGAGGACGUGGACGUGGCCGAGAAAACGGCGGUCGUGGUGGUACUGGUCGUGGAGGGAUGAACUAUCGUGGAAAUACUCGUGGUGGUCGUGGUCGAGGUGGUAGUGAUGGUCGAUCAUAGGCAAAAAUCUUUUUCUUUUUGUUGUUGUUGUUGUUGUUGAAUACCUUUUUUUUUUUUUUUUUUUUA